AUGGUGCUGAUGUUGAUGUGUGCGCUCCUGCAAUUUGGAAUAGUUUGCGGUGGUCAAACGAACGGAAGAAUUUAUAGCAGGGCAUUUAGCUACUUGGCAGUCAGUGGUCAGAGGUCACCUGUUUGUUACGAUGACCGCAUGGAUAUCGUUACUAAGUUGAAGGCUGCCUCGUCAUUGGAAUGCAUUCUGAAGUGUUUGAUAACAACGAUGCAGAACUUGAGAGGCAUCAACUACGUGUCGUCAAUGAGAUCUUGCACCUGUGUUCCCAAGUUGAACAACUUUUGGUACAAUGUGACCGCUGAUUUGAAUGCUUCAUGUUUUGCUUUUGUCUCUCACGAUUGUCCAAAACCGUUUGAUUACAUAAUCGAAGUGCACAAAUGUUAUUCAAUGGUCACCAACUUAAUGGAUUGGAGCACUGCUGGGAAGGCUUGUAACAACGCGUCUGGGCAUCUGUUGGCUGUCGAAGACGAAUAUGAAAAUUUGGCUGCAUUGAAGUACCCGCUAUCUGUUUCUAAGGGCGUCAAUAUACCUUUAAGUUUUUAUGGGUGGUAUUCGGGGGAACCAAAUGGAAUUGCCAAUGGCAACAAUUACUGCCUGCAAUACCUAAUUUUACCAGAAUGUGCCUGGGAUGAUUUCAUCUGCACUGUGUUGAGAUGCAGCCUCUGUGAGAUCGAUAUCACUCUGUAA